UAUAUUUGUCUGACUUUAGCUUGUUGGAACAAGCUUCUCUGACAACACUUACACACAUUCCUCGUACUCAAAUGGUCUUGGCCUCAGUUCGGGGGUCGGUUAAGGCAUCCAGUUCCUUUUAUCAGCCAAAAACAAGCCGACGAACCUCCGAAGGCGAACCGAACCGGACUCCCUGUGACCCUCACGCCUCGCUUCGUUCGCUGUGUGCGGCUCAGCGGCUUCAGCUGGAAGCAGGGAACCUGGUUCAUUUAAGGCUUUACAAGACUUGUUCUCCAACAGCUCCCGUUGGGAAGGCUGAGAUUUUCAGCCUGCUGAAAGUGACGCUGUUGGUGGCGUACCGCCACGGGGAGUGUCGGUAACCAACGGGGUAACGUCCUAUCUGGGUCGGUGUUUUCCUGGGUGAAGCCGCGGGGAUCUCCAGCAGCCGCAGCGGCCAUGGCAGGGGCACGGACAGCUGUCGGGCUGCUCGUCCUGGUGUGUGUGAGCGUCCGCCGCGGCGCCUCCUUCAACCUGGACGUGGAUAAACCCUUCGUCUACACCGGACCCCUCGGAAGCUACUUCGGCUUCUCGGUGGACUUCUUUAAAUCCGCAACCAACCAAAACUCCGACGUUCUUAUCGGAGCGCCCAGAGCCAACACCUCGUCCAGCAGCAGCACCGUGGUGGAGAGGGGAGCCGUGUACAGUUGUCCCUGGAAGAACUCCGCCAGCUGCCAGCAGCUGCUGUUCGACGACAGAGAUGACCGAUUUAAAGAUGGCAAUCAGAUCGAGUUUAAGUCCAAGCAGUGGUUUGGUGCCUCAGUGCGUUCUGAUGGAGAACACAUCCUGGCCUGCGCUCCCCUCUACCAGUGGUCCACCUUCGGCUUCAGCGAGAGGGAGCCUGUGGGAACAUGUUACCUGAAGAAAGGAAACACGGUGGUGGAAUACUCCCCCUGCAGAUCCAAUUCCCACACUCCAGAAGGACAGGGUUUCUGCCAGGCUGGCUUCAGCGCAGACUUUGUUAAGAAAAGUAACAGAGUUGUGGUGGGAGGACCGGGCAGCUUCUACUGGCAGGGCCAGUUGAUUUCAGACGACGUCGACGAGAUUUUGAAACGCUUAAACAACGACUAUGUCACGCAGUACGGGAACACGCGUUUCACCAAAUCAGCCGGUGCCCAGUAUGACGAUAGCUACCUCGGAUACUCUGUGACGGUCGGGGAUUUCAACGAGGAUGGGAAGGAAGAUUAUGUGACUGGAGUACCGAGGGGGGACAAGGCUCUGGGUUAUGUGAACAUCUUCAAUGGAGCCAACAUGGAGUCCAUGAUUAACUUCACCGGCUCGCAGAUGGCUGCCUACUUUGGAUACUCAGUGGCUGCCUCUGAUGUUAACAGCGAUGGGUUUGUGGACGUGUUGAUCGGAGCUCCGCUCUUCAUGGACCGAGGCACGGAUGGGAAACUGAGGGAGGUGGGACAGGUGUCCGUUUACCUGAGCCGAGGCGGCUUCUCCUUUCAGCCGCCGCAGCUGCUGACCGGAACUGAGGUUUACGCCAGAUACGGCUCGGCCAUCGCAGCGCUGGGGGACCUGGACAGGGACGGGUACAAAGAUGUGGCCAUCUCUGCCCCCUACGGAGGCCCGGACCACAACGGCCUGGUCUACAUCCACAACGGCCACGCCUCGGGGAUCGACUCCACAGCCUCUCAGGUCCUGCAGGGUAAAUGGGCGUCCAGCUACAUGCCUGCUAGCUUCGGCUAUUCCAUGACAGGAAGUACGGACAUAGACCAGAAUGGAUAUCCAGAUUUGGUGGUUGGAGCGUUUGGAGCGGACAAAGCUGUUUUAUACAGAGCUCGUCCAGUCAUCAGUGUGAACGCCACGUUGGACAUAAACCCCCAGAUCAUCAACCCAGAGGAGAAGAGCUGCACCAUCCCUCAAACCAACACGCAGGUGUCAUGUUUUAAAGUGAAGUACUGUCUGGCAGCCGGCGGCUUUGGAGCUCCAUCCUCUCUGAGUUUUCGUGUGGACCUCACGCUGGAUCGCCUGAAGCAGAAGGAGGCGACCAAACGCGCCCUCUUCCUCCACAGCGCAACCUAUCAGUACUCCAAGAACAUGACGGUGAACAGCAACAGACGACUGGCCUGCGAGGAGCAGGAAGUCUAUUUAAGGGACGACCGUGAGUUUCGGGAUAAGAUCACUCCCAUCUCCGUGGCGAUGGAGUACAGUCUGGACUACCAGCUGGCUGCAGAUCAGACCGGACUGCUGCCCAUCGUCAACAUCUGGGCACCGACCAACGUCACCAAGCAGGCUCACAUUCUGCUGGAUUGUGGCGAAGACAACAUCUGCAAACCCGACCUCAAGCUGUCGGUGAAGAGCGACCGGGAGAAGAUCUACAUCGGCGACGACAACGCCCUCACCCUGAUGGUCACGGCUGAGAACAGGGGCGAGGGCGCCUACGAGGCCGAGCUGCACGUCUACCCGCCUCAGCAGGCCGACUUCACCGGCGUGGUCCGCAGUCAGACUCUCUCCAGGCUCUCCUGUGCUUACAAGAAGGAGAACGAGACCAAAAUGGUGGUGUGUGACCUGGGAAACCCCAUGAAGAAAGACACUACGAUCCUGGCGGAGCUGGGGUUCAGCGUACACCAGCUGUCGGAGGAGGACACCUCCAUCAAAUUCGACCUCCAGAUCGUCAGCUCUAACCAGUUUCAAAACACGAGUCCUCGAGUCUCCAGCGUCACGCAGCUGGAUAUCCUGGCUAAAGCCUCCAUCAGAGGGUCGUCGUCUCCCUCUCAGGUGCUGCUGCCCAUCGCCAACUGGAAGCCCAAAAACCCCCCGGUGCUCGGAGACGACAUCGGGCCGCAGAUCCUUCACGUUUACGAGCUGCUGAACAACGGGCCCAGUACGUUCAGCAAGGCGUCGCUGGAGGUGGAAUGGCCGUAUCACUUCAGGAACGGCUCUCUGCUCUACAUCACCAGCUUCGAGACCGAGGGACCCAUCAACUGCACCACCGACGUGGAGAUCAACCCACUCAACGUCUCUAACCCAGUGGCGACCCAGAAGAACACCAGCGUCGUCAGAGACCGAGAGGCAGAGGGAGGAAACACGAGACAUCUGAGGAAGAGAGACCUGGAGGCCAGAGAGACGCAAAACGACCUGCAGAUACUGGACUGCAACACGGCCACAUGUCUGAAGCUGAGGUGUCAGGUCGGCCGUCUGGAGAGGAACAAGAACGCCAUCCUGUUCAUCUACUCCAGACUGGACGUCAACAACUUCCUCAGGACUGAGAAUCAGAAUCGCUCCUACGUGGUUCGCUCCACAGCCUCGUUUGAGGUCAUCGAGAUGCCGUAUAAGAACCUGCAGACUGAGCUGCCGGCCAACUCCACCACCGUCAGCGUGUCGGUGACGUGGGUGGCCGACACGCCCCAGCCGGUACCGGGCUGGGUGGUCGCUCUGGCGGUACUUGCAGGACUGCUGCUGCUGGCUUUGCUCAUCUUCAUCAUGUACAAGCUGGGUUUCUUUAACAGAGUGCGCCCCCCGCAGGUGGACUGCACUGAGAAGGAGCAGCUGCAGCCGGAGGAGAACGGGAACACUGACGCUUAGAGGCCGAGAUUUUAAGACGGACAGAGAGAGAGAGAGAGAAAGUUGAGGAGAGAAGAAAUCAGGGUAAACCAGCCUCAGAGAGAAUCACUGUAAUGACUGUUGGGGGAGGGACAGGUAACUGUAUUUGUUUGGCUCUUUUUAAUGUUUUUUUUUUUUUAAAUCAUGUUGCAUUCGUGCCAAAACAGAAGCUGGAAAACACUGGUCACAGAUAAAAUCCCCUCAACGCUUCAAACCCGCUCGUUUUUAAAAGUUUAAGGAUCAUUUUGUCUCUUUGUGCAGCUUCACGUCCGCCAACACUGAAGCACUUAACGGCUUCUGUAAACCCGGACGUGUGWUGCGGUGUGGCUCGCGCUCCGUGGUUCUCUGACAUUUAAACCAACACGUACGAAACACUCCCAGCAUGCACAGGGAGCAGCAGCCUUGUGCUGAGCUGUCCGUCAGGUUUGGCCUUUCAACAGAUUUGCACAUUUCUCCUCUUCUUUUCUGUUUUUUUUUUUUUUGUUUGUUUUUGCUUAGUCAUCACAUUAAACAGGUAACGAGCUGAUUGGUCGUGUCGGCCUUAAAGUCCAGAACUGCUGAUACAUGAAGAAAGGUGUAGCAGCUGAUGAAGGGUAGCAGUAGAACCAGUAUUAAUAUCUGUAAGUACUGGAGUCACCUGAUUGAAUUAGGACCAACAGCAGCAAUAAAACRGCAAUAUGAAAUGAGGACAUUUUAGAUUCUUGAAUAUUUUUGGAUAAAGAUGGACUAUUUGCUCUGAGAGGAGACGAUCAGAGUGCCGCAGUAAUAUAUAUAUUGUUCUACUUUGUUUUCUCUCCUGCUUUCUGUGGGUGUUUGGUAACAGUGAGUGUGGGAGUGUCUGCAGGGUUUUCUUGUGUGUUUAAAUGCAUUUUGUACAAAACAGUAAUGGUGAUUUACAAAARUGGGUCCAGCUCUAUUUAACACRAUCAAGAAACUGUUUUCUUUGACCUUUGAUCACUUGGUUAAACCCCGGACCUGAAGAAGACGGUUUUAGAAUACAUCUUGACCCCUGGAGACCAAUAUGUGUUACUACACUACACGCAUUUUCUUUUUUCUGCCUUUAUGUAGCGAAAAAAUACACAAUGAACAACUGCUCUGUGAUUCAGCUGCCAUUUGAUGGUAUGCAAAUGAGUUUGCAUUAAAUACGUCUGAAUGCUAACGUUAUUAGCAACGAUAGCUAUUGUUAUUUGCUAAUGGAAGUAAAUGCUACCGCUAUUAGCAUUUGGAGUGGUCCUCCUACUCCUGCAGAUUAUAAGAAGUAUUGAUUUUAUUUUGACAAAAAUCAAAUUGAUUCUCUGUGAAAACAUUUUUUAACRGUCUAAAUUUCUUAUCGCAUGAAGUCAGAGAAUCAAACAAACUAACAGUAAAAUUUUAUCUCACUAGUUGACUUGUGCUGCUAAACAGUACAGUUUAUUGAUGGAAUGUAUUGAUCCUCUUAGAGGAAAAAUAGUCGAUAAUGCAAAAAAGAAUAAUCAUCCAGGCUUGUUACACUCCUCUGUGGCUUUUUAGCUGUUGCUAACCGGAGUAGCCAUAGCAACCGUAGCUAAGGGGCGGGGUUUAAUCCGUGGUCACUUGUUACUUUCCUGCCGUUUCUUGCACUGAGGCCUCUUUUUUUUUUUUGUUAAUUUUCUUGUAGUUUUCCUGAGAUUUCAAACUGGUGACUGGCAGCUUCGCUAGAAACUAAAAAAAAAAAAAAGAAUCAGCUGGUUGCUAUUUUUAUGUCUAAUGACUCUGAUCUUACUUGUGUUAUGUGUUUAUGUAUUUAAAAGAAAAGGAACAAAAAUUUUUUUUUUGCUAUUUGCCCAUAUUGGGUUUGCAUAUUUUGAUAACUUCAUUUCAACAGCAGACAGUGGGCGAGAGCAUGAAACGUAUUCAAAACAUUAAAAGUUACGUUGUUGCUUUUCCACACUGGUUGGAUUUCUAUUGAUGAUAAAACAUGGACAUACGUCAUGUUUACCCUUACGGUCUGAAUCAUGGACCUAUACMUGGUGUAAAUAGGGUCACUCAUCCUAAACAUACCAUAAUAUUUCUCUCAUCGUAGUUUCUUCAGUCUUAGCCAGGCUAGCUAGCUACGUAGCACAUGAGGCUACGUUUGCUAACAUUAGCUUCUUGUUCAAAUCCCUGUAAAACCUUUGAAACUUUGAACAGAUUUAAAUCAAUAAGAGCACACUGAGCAGUUUGGACUACUGCACUUUUAAAAUUAGAGGCGUGUCUCUUUAUUAGGCUAAAAUAAUUAAACAGGCCUGGUAAGACUGUUGGUUAAUAUGUUUUUUUUUUCUUUUCUUUCCGAUCAAACUCAUCAGCAUAAAUGUUACGCAAAUGUAGAUUUUCUGCUUAAACUGCUCUGUUUUCAGGAUGGACUAAUAAAAAAAUCAAGUAACUUUAGUGAUUUCUAAAGACAUGACUUUGAAUUUAUUCUAGAUUUGCUCUAAUCCACGCAGGGUGAAACGUAAACAACCAGCCUUUUACACAUGGUGCCACUAAGAUUCRCUUAAAAGUUUCUUGAUACGUUGCAACUUGACUUCAUUGUUUUUGAUAAUCAAAAAAARAUUUCGCACGAAAUCUUGCCAAGUAUUUGUCGUCUAGUUUAUAGUGAAAAUAUCUUGGCACAUUUGAAAUAAUUUUAUUGACAUAGAACACAUUGUUCUUAGUCAAUAAUCUUUUGUGUUGAUGAAAAAGUAUUCUAAUUGUACAUCAUUUCACUUAUAACAAGACAUUUUCCCCAAGUGAAAUAAUCCAUUAAUGGAAGUAGAACUUUCUCAUCAAUAUUGAGGAUUAUUGACUCAAAAUAAGCUCCUUUCUUUGCUACAAUGUAUUUCUUAGUGCACUUAAGACAAAACUACAACAUUUCCACUGAACCUCAGCGGUCAUGAAAAGUUGACUUUAGUUUCAAGUAAGUAAAUGAAAAGAAAGUUAAAAUGUUUUAGUUUCACAUCUAAAGUUCAAAAUGUAUUGUCCAAAACAGGGAAGUUAUUUUAUUCAUUUAUAUUUAGAUGAUGACCUUUAAGCCUUUUCCACCUUAUUGAUAAUUUAGAGUUUGUAAAAAUAAUCAAUAUGCAUUAAAAAAAUGAUGACGUGCUUUUUUACAAGCUUUUAAUUCUGGAUAUUUAGCUACACUGAAGGUUCCUGGACUGAACUCAGCAUGGUUUCCUAAUAAAGCAUUGAGAUGUAAAUUUCUGUGGUAAAUUUUUGAAAUGGAUGUAAUUUAGAAGAUCAGUGUAUUAUGUAGAAUAAGCCAAUCUGGUAUUGUUGUUUUUUUAUGUUUUUAUUCCAGAUUUUAAGUAAUUUUAAAGUCAACCCAGACACCAAAAAAAAAAGUUAAUUAUGCAAUAGCCUUCAUCACACAGUUGAAUUGUAAAUCAAAAUAACCACUUUGUAGUUUUAUGAUUUGUGACAAUGAAUCUAUAAUGGAAUGAAAUAGUAAUAUAACUUUAACACAAUGAUCCAUAAUGUUAUCAAAACCUGAAGGCAGCGUGUCGGAAACUGACGGGAGCCUGUGUUAACGAGAGAAAAUCAACCAUAAAUGAACUUUUAUUCAAGUCUUGUUUUUGUUUAUUAUUCCACCCUGGAGAAAUCACUGUUAACAUUCUGACUGAUGCCUGUGAGGGGAUUGUGAGAGAAACUUUUACUUCCUCAUGGUGACCGUCUUGAUUCGAUUCGAGUGGCUAAAUCUGCACAAACUUGUCUUUAAUGUAGCACAUUUAAAACUGGUUUAAAUCGGCUUGUUUUGUUCAUGAUAAAUGAAAGAUUUUGAAGAUCUGUGGUUGUUUAUGGGUGAGCUCACGUCUCGCUUUCACCAGCUGGAGUGAAAUCUGCUCACACUCKGUCUGAACCACCUGCAGCGUCUUAAUUCUCUGGUCCAUAAUUUGUACAUUUGAAUCUGAACACGGUUAAGAUUUCUAUUAAAAAAAAGAAUUAUGCUAAAUGUAGAGAAUCUAAAAUCAGACUCUGAACUGACUCUGUAGUGAUUUGACUCCAGUCCUGCAGCCGUGUGCGUUUCUUUUUUUAUAUUUAAUACCACUCUGUUUUCCUUUCUGCUUUGAGUAAAUAUUGACUUUUUUUUUGAUGUAUGUAUUCUUACACUUAGAGAGUAAAUAUUAACAAUUUCUAAAAAGAGAUGAUUUCACUUUUGGGCUGAAAUAAACAGAUUUGUUCACA